GGCCAGGCAAACCGGUGUCGGCACUCGCCGCGGCCUCAGCCUCCACUCGGCCCGUAUCGAGCCCUCCUCUUCGAUUCCUCACCAAUCUCCACACACCGCUCUCUCGGUCCCCGAUGCUCUCCGCUCUCCACGUCGCGUCCGCCAGGAUCGCAUCGUCCGCGCCAUCCACGCGAUCCGUCCUCGUCAUCGUGAUCCUCGAGUGAAAACGCUCCCCGGAGGAGUGCCGUGUAUCCAUGCCACCGGGAAGGACUAGGGAUCGCUCCGCGCCUGAUCUCGGACACCAGCACGGAGAACUCGGGAGAUCGGGAUCCUCGGUGCUACUAGGACCUGGAGUGUGAAUCGUGUUGGUGUUAAAGAAAAAACGUGUGCCACAAGGAAUCACUAAAAAACAUACUUUUAAUCGAGUCUACUCCCGAGCUCGGCCGUGCCAGACUUUCAGAGGAAGGAUCCACCCCCGGGUCUUCCUGGAAAUCGACUGCUACGACUGGAUCGGAUACCCUCGACAUUCCUGACCGCGCGGCAACGCCCGACACGGCUUACCAGGCAAGCCUUCCAGAAGCGGAGCGUGUCGGAUUUCGAUGCUCCUUCUCACUGGCAAGUUUCAGCCUGUCGAGAUAAACAAAGCCGAAACUGGAAAAUUCCUUGAGGACAGUCGAGAGGUCUCCGUCGGUGGUGAUGCGGCGUACGCUGGACUCCUAUGCUUGCUGAUUCACGUUCCUGUGCGGAUUAUUCGAAAAUAUUGUCACGGACACCAAACGGCUAACAGUGUCAAUUCAGUGAGUGAAGCGCGUGUCGAAGUGUUGAGUAUUUUUCACAGUGUCGCCAGUCUCCUCGUUCACGCGUCUGUUUUGAAAAAUACACGUGAAACCGGCAGCGAGAAAAACAGGUGAACGCGUGAGCGGUUCUAUCCCCACCAUAUUACUAUACUACUACCAGUGCUACUACACCGGUACUCUACUAUACCGGUACUACUACUCUUGCUGUCAGUAUUACUGACAUUGAUGUUAUUUCGUAGCUCCCGAGUGCAGAAGGCGCGACGAAAUUCUUUGCGUUGCGUGGAACCCACGUUAUUGUUGUACAAUUUACACCACGUGCUCUUUGACGUAUCGUUAAAUGGAUUCUUAUUGGGAAAGUGUUUGGUUUAGCUAUCGGUCCAUCUUUCUUUGGGACCUGUUCAGUGAAUCGAUAUCGUGUGAAUUUUCUACGUAGGAGGAUCUCGAGAGGAUGUCGUAAGACAGUGAGGUAGGACGAUAUCGUGACAGCAGUGAAUGACGCAAUGUACUGAUAUACGUGGGCGAAUAACAAGGAGGAUACCUAAGUGGACGACUCGAAGAAAGAAAAAGAAACUUGAGGAAUUUUUCCUGGCAAACACUUUUCGCCAUUCUUGGCAUUGGGAAGAAAAAGUGGGCGCUCUGCAAAGAUGGCGAUAUCCUGAGGAUCUAUUCUGGAGGAAGGAUCACUGGGAGUCUCGUGGCUUUCAAGUGAAGUGUUAAAAAGUGUCUUUUAGGGGUGGCUGUGUAAUCGUCGAGGGAUGGAUCGAAAUGAGGGAGUCGGUGGAGGUGCCGGUACCGGUAGUGGUGCAUUGGGAUCACCCUCUAAUCCAGGAUCGCCCUUGACCUCCUCGACUCAUGCUCUCCAUCACAACUCGUCGAGCGUUAUUGACAACCAGGUCGGUGACAGAGGAUGGGAAGUCCACCACGUCACGGUAACAAGAGUGCCCGGAUAUGGUUUUGGUAUUGCCGUGUCAGGGGGUCGGGACAAUCCCCACUUCACGAAUGGCGAUCCAGCCAUCGCCAUUUCGGACGUUCUCAAAGCUGGACCCGCUGAAGGGAAACUGCAGGUGAACGACCGUAUCAUUUCCGCCAACGGGGUGUCUCUCGAAGGAGCAGAUUAUGGGGCGGCUGUUCGUGUACUCAGGGACUCCGGUUCGACUGUUCUCCUGGUUGUUAAGAGAAGAGCAUCCUCGAACGCUCCUGGAUCACCGGGAAGUUCUCAACCGCAGAGUCAUCGACUUACCCUCACCAGGAAUAACAAGAAGGAUGACUUUGGAAUAGUGCUGGGAUGUCGUCUGUACGUGAGGGAAGUCACUCGAGAGGGCACUGGAGUGAAACCAGGUGAUGUUCUGACACGGAUCGGCGGUGUUGCUGCCGAUAACAUGAGUCUGAAGGAGGCCAGGAAGCUCAUGGAUCAAUGUAAGGAUCGGUUGUCGAUUGUCGUCACCAGGGAGGCUCCUACCAAUUUCCAUGCUCAUCAGCAGAGCAAGGGUGAUAGUGGAGAAUACUUGUCUGGAGCUAGUUAUAGCAGUCAGAAUCUCUAUGUGCCACCGCCUACCAGACAACCCCUGGAGGACAAGAGUAAUCUUGCUCCCAGAGGAAGGUCGAGAGGUCCUCUGAUGGACGUAUCCUUGAGUCAGCUUGAUCUUCCGGCUACUCCUACUGUCGAUCCUCCCAGACCUCCUCCUCCUAGACCCGAGGAUUAUUACAGCUCCAGGAGGCAGCUCUACGACGAGGAUCCUCUCAUACAGAGAGCCAAACAACCAAUGCCGGAUCCUCGAUUCAUCACAUUCCAGAAGGAAGGUUCCGUUGGCGUUCGUCUAACCGGUGGCAACGAGACUGGCGUCUUCGUGACCGCGGUACAACCCGGAAGUCCUGCAUCGCUUCAGGGUCUUCAGCCUGGAGACAAAAUACUAAAGGUAAACGACAUGGACAUGAAGGGCGUGACCAGGGAAGAAGCUGUAUUGUUUCUGCUCAGUCUUCAGGAACAGAUAGAUCUCAUAGUUCAGCAUAGACGGCAAGAGUAUGACCAAAUCGUCGCUUCCGGUAGGGGCGACUCCUUCCACAUAAAAACACACUUUCAUUACGAGCAGCCGGAAAAGGGAGAAAUGAGUUUUCGGAGUGGAGACGUCUUCCACGUGGUGGACACUCUGCACAACGGCGUGGUUGGCUCCUGGCAAGUAUUCCGUAUAGGCAGGAAUAACCAGGAAGUGCAAAAGGGAAUAAUCCCGAAUAAGGCUCGCGCCGAGGAACUCGCGACUGCUCAGUUCAACGCGACCAAGAAGGAACUGAGUGCAAGUGAAAGCAGAGGCAGCUUUUUCAGAAGACGAAGAGGCAGCCAUCGACGUUCCAAGUCCCUCGGUAGGGAUCAUUGGGACGAUGUGGUCUUCUCCGACAGCGUCAGCAAGUUCCCGGCUUAUGAGCGAGUCGUACUCAGACAUCCUGGAUUCGUUAGGCCAGUCGUUCUCUUCGGUCCUGUUGCGGACUUGGCUAGAGAGAAGCUACUCAAAGACUUUCCCGACAAAUUUACGUCUCCUCAAAUGGAGAACCAAAUGGAGGAUGGCGGCGGGAAAAGUACGAAGUCCUCAGGUAUCAUUAGACUGAGCGCCAUCAGAGAAGUAAUGGAUAGAGGAAAGCACGCUCUACUCGAUAUCACGCCGAAUGCCGUGGAUCGUCUGAACUACGCCCAGUUCUACCCCAUCGUGAUAUUCCUAAAAGCAGAGACUAAGCAGGUCAUCAAAGAGAUGAGAGCUGGUAUACCAAAAUCAGCUCACAAAAGCAGCAAAAAGUUGCUGGAACAGUGUCAGAAGCUCGACAAAAUCUGGGGACAUGUGUUCAGCGCAGUGAUCACUCUGACAACACCAGAGGCCUGGUAUCGGAAGCUCAGGGAGUUGAUCGAUCGACAGCAGCAAGGUCCACUCUGGAUGAGUCAGACCAAGCCGGAAGAGGCCCUCUCGGAUGACUUCCUCUUCCCGAUGACUUCACGCCUCUCCUACGCCUCCUCCCCGGAGAGUGACCUGGAAUUAAGCCCUGCACCUCCCCUCCCUGGCGCCCUGGGACCACCGUCACGUCUCAAGAGUAGCUCGGAUCCAAGUAUCGCUACUCAGGAUGAUACAGCAGCACCACCACCUUAUACCACGAAUUAUCAGGCAUUUGAGCAGCACAAGCGAAGAUCUCAGGGCGGAGUUGGAGACAGUAAAUACGGUUUCUCCUUACCGGGUCAACCUGGUGAUCAGCCAGGACAUCCUCAGUAUCUUGGUGGACUACAACAACCAAGAUCUCCGCAUCAGGGUCCUCCUGAUCUACCACCUCGAGUUGAUCGUAAUGUCAAACCACCGAAUCAGACUCCUCGUGGUACGAUUGGACGUUCCGCCCAGGAGAGAUUAGCCAAUAAGACUGACUCUGUGCUGGAUAUGGGGAAUUAUAUAAAUGCUACACCCCAUAGAGCUAAUGCCACAUCAUCGUUAGAGAGGGCCCAGCCAAAAGCCGGAAGUUAUGACAGCAUGUCCUCGUACGACUCGUAUAACAAUACAAACGGCAAUGGGACUUAUGCUGCUACCAGUCUGAACACAUCUACAGGAAGACUAGGUCCCAAUGUCCCGGAUGAUCUCAAAAGCGGAGGAGUACCCGUGUCCCCCAGAGCCCACGAUCCAUACAGGUUUACCAGAUCCACGGCUCAGCCAAUUCCGGCCCAGGAGAUGCAGGCGCGGACUGAUUAUGCCAAAUAUAGCCGAACUGGUGAUUACAAACCGGCACCACCACCUCAAGGGAAACCGGCUGGAACUUACAAGCCUGUACCACCUCCCAAGCCCAAGAACUACAGACCACCUCAGCAGCCUGUAGUUCAGGACGAAAAUAAUGGAAGCAGCCUGUACCAGCACGCCAAGAGCUACUCCAUAGCCACGUCGCACCUUCACAAUGGGGCGGAGAAUGGUAACAACGUGCAACGGAACAGCGGCCAGUACUACUACAACAUCCCUCCGCCUAAUCGCAACAACAGCGACGGCGGUUACCCCGUCGUCAACCUAAAUCACAAUCAUAGUCACACAAGUCCACCGUCCCACAGUCAUAGCCUGAGUCACACGCAUCCUCAUUCGAGUCCACCAAUGAGUCAUUCCCAUAGUAACAGCGCUGGUCAGAUAGGCCUCAGCCAUGCACAAAAUCGUACCAAUCUCAAUCACAAUGGUCACAGUCACAGCAAUAGCCACGGUGGUGGUGGUGGUCAAGGCUCCGGGGGCGGAAAUACCGGGCACAACAGGGAACCAAGUGGACUGGAUUUGGCGGGUAGUAGGGAACAAAGGGGAAGUGCUUUCGAGCUUUAUCGAAAGCCACUGCAUCAUCACAAUAUAAGGAGGAUGGGGAUGGGUAUGGCGCGAGGGGUAUUCUGUAACGAUGGCGGUGUUCUGGAAGGUCCCGGGGGUGUAAGCUUGACGAUACCUCCCGGGGCUCUAGAACCGAACACGUCACAGGAAAUCUACUUCACUGUUACCGCCGCGCACACACUCGAAACACAUAACACCAAUCACGGUCAUCGCUCGUCCAUCUCACCUCCCAUGCACCACGGUGAAUCCCUGCUAAGUCCGCUCGUCGAGUGUGGACCACGAGGCCUUGAAUUUCGAGUUCCCGUAGAAUUAAGGAUACCUCACAAUGCUACACCCGCACAUCGACUGGCGCUCAAGGCCACCGAUAUCGAGAGUCAAUCGAGCAACGACUGGCUGGACGUGAAAUUGCCAAGUCCUACGUCGAAUCAUGUAACCGUGAAGCUCGAUCACUUCUGAAGAUUAUUAUUUAUCCUUUCGUCUUGAUGGACGUUGAUCGUCGCGAAAUUAAUCGCGGCUUCACCUGCUGACCCCUCGUGCGCAAUUCAUGUGAUACUAAGGACACGAUCGAAAGCUGAGCUACGUUCUCUGUGAGAAUCUUUUAUAUAAAGUGACACCUUCUGUUAUCUUCCUUCCUUUCGACUCCCAAGUAAUUGGCAGUUUUUUUAUUAAUUUGGACGCUAGGAGAAGCAGGGUUGAGAUACCAAAUGGUGAGCGACGUAGACGUUGACCUAAUGGUCCUAUUGAUGUCGGAUUAGUUUCACCCUCGCAUUUAUCAAAGAGAAGACCCUGCUGUUGCGACUCUUCAUGUUUCGCCAUUGAGUCAGGCGUUACGUCGUUAAACAUAAGUUUAAGCUCCUAAGGCUUUUUUUCAAUUGUGAUUAUCUUUUAUACUUUACAGCUACACGUUUUCGUAAAACCACUAUUGAACUAGCUAAAGUUACUCUUUAUUUCUUAUUCAUUAUAUUAAGAUGAAUUCUCGUGCGGAUGAGCCACUACACGAUCUGUUUAUUCAUCAUACACUUUAUUGGGCCUCUCAUUGUCAUUCACUUUAUUUUCCUUAAUGACUUUAAGUCAUCCUUAAAAGGAGAGCAUGUAUCAAAUUCCUAUGUAUUAAUGUGUCAGAAAUACUGUCCAGGUAUACUGAACGCGUAGCGGCUCGUCAAAAUUGCACUACUCAACGACGAUAUGUGUAACGAAUCGUUAGCUGUAAGCCCCUUUAUAAAUAUCUAAGCGAUACCACGUAAAGAAGCUCAAUUGUUAAUUAGCAAGAAUGAAUAUGUAACAAGAGAGUGAUAAAUCUCGAUAUUAUUCUAGCAAUUAUUAAAUAAACAAAUCCCACGUUUUCAUUCGUUAAAA